GCCUAGCAUCUAAGUAGAUCUUUCUCUAGAUUGUAUUCGACAAGUUUUUGAUGAUGAUUCGAGGUGGUGUUGGUGAUCGGCGAGAUCAAACCAAAUUGAAGAUUCUGCUCUCCAAAGUGUUUUUUCCUUGCUGUCCUGGAUUUUCCAGUGGUGAUCCAGCGUCAGAAAGAAACACCAGAACAGUCCCUGACUCUCUGGGCUAUGAUGACGGAGAUGACAUUCAGAGUAUUAUCAGUCUUGGAGAAGACUCCGCAAGAUGGGCAACACCACGCCCAAGCAUGCCUAGUGUGCCAAAUCACUUGGCCUCCAUGUCCUCAAACAGGACAAUGCUACCACCUCUAGUUCCACUUUCAGGAGCUAUCGUGAAUAUGAUGGCUGCCAGGAAGGCAGAAACAGACGAUAAUGAUUCUGGCUUUAAGAGAAACAGGUGCAAGUCAAAAUCAAUGAACAAAAAGGUGGAACGUCAAGAGGAGAAGCUGCUUGCCGUCCUGGUUAAGCAAAACAAGAACAUGAGAGAAAAGAGGCAGCAAUUAAAGAAAAAGCUGGCCUGUAAAAAAUUGCAGGUAAAGGAAGAUCUGAAUAAGGUUAAGUGCGCCAAGAAGAGGGUGCAGCUGGAAGAGGCACUUCAGGUAAAGUGGAGUGAGAUCGAUCACGUGAGCCAAGAGGAAAAGGCUAUGGCCAGAAUUGAGAGGAACAACGCAAUUAUCCGAACCCUAGAAAGAGAAGUUGAGAUCCUAAAGGAAAAACAAACCUGCAAAAGGAUGGAGCGAAAUCUUGUAUGUACAAAAGAGUGCGAAGGAGUUCUUUCAGAAACAAUAAAGCAGUGCAAGUCAACAAUAAUCAUGCACAAACAUUCUGCUCUGGACAAGAAGAUCAACAACAUUCUCACUGAGGUAAACUUCCUUAGGGAUGGGGUAAGCCCAGAGGUAACCAGCUCGACCAACACGAAAGACAUCACACUGCAAAGUGUUGCUCAACAAAAGUCUGGUCCUAUCACCAGUGGAGCCCUCAUUUCAUCGUUUUUGGGGCACAGUUCCAGAUGUCAAGCACAAACUGAAAAGGAUCUCAUCAGUCAGGAAGCCACUACUUCGAAAGAAGUCCCACCACAGAUAAUUAAACUAGAGUCUGGGUUUCCUACAUCCAAUACUGUAACAGCCUGCCUUGCAUUGUCCUUAGGAGACAGUUCCACACCGCAAGUACAAACUGAACAGGAAAUCAUGAAUUUGGAAGAACUUGUGCCAGAGAGUUGUGUGAUCUCUGAACACACCUGUGGUGAAGAGGAAACUUGCCAAGAUUUGAUCGACAGUAAGUCCACCUACUCCUUUACCUUUGAAGAAGACGUUGAUAGCCAAGACGAGGACGCAACCGAUGACCAGAUGGCAAAAAUUAACGUUCAUUCACAACCCCCACUGUACUCUUGCACAAGGCUGGUUUCCUUACACAAGUUGCUUCCAAGACUUUUGGAGAUUAUCGAAGAAGAGACGCAGAAGGACUUAGAGGACUAUGACAUUCACAUGCAACUUCAAGUUCUACCCAAGCUGUAUUGAGGGGGAUAUUAGAGACAUUUCUGACACAUCCAUGCACAUUGUCAUGUCAUAAACACUAUACAUAUACGUACCUGGACACCUCAGAAAAUGUAUGCAUAGUAAUUAUGAUUAUAGCUGUAUAGUGUA